AUGCCCAAGACACCCAAGAACAAGAACGUCUCCUGGACCAAACCAGUGGCGUUCGCUGUCCGUACUAAUGUCCACUACAGCUCAAGUCAGGACGAUGACGUCCCGGUGCCCGGCAUGGCCGUUUCCUUCGAGGCUAAAGACUUCCUGCAUGUCAAAGAGAAGUUCAACAACGACUGGUGGAUCGGGCGGCUGGUGAAGGAGGGCUGUGAGAUUGGCUUCAUCCCCAGCCCUGUCAAGAUAGAGAGCUCCCGCCUCCUCCAGGAGCACAGGGCCAAGCAGGGCAAGUUCCACUCCAGUAAAUUGGGAGCGAUUUCCUCAACUAGUUUAGGGGAGGUGAUUCCUAACUCGCGUAAAUCCACGCCACCCUCCUCUGCGUUUGACCUGGACGCUACUGGUCUAGAGGGCGAGGAGGCUCCAAGCUCCCCUAAAGCCAGCCCCAGCACCCUGUCCUCUACGCUAGGUAGAGAGAAGAGAAUUCCCUUCUUUAAGAAGUCGGAACACGUUCCUCCCUAUGAUGUGGUGCCGUCCAUGCGGCCCGUGGUUCUGGUCGGUCCGUCUCUGAAGGGCUACGAGGUGACGGACAUGAUGCAGAAGGCGCUGUUUGACUUCCUGAAACACAGAUUUGAGGGAAGGAUCACCAUCACCAGGGUGACGGCAGACAUCUCUCUGGCCAAGCGCUCGGUGCUGAACAACCCCAGCAAGCACGCCAUCAUCGAGCGCUCCAACACGCGCUCCAACCUCGCGGAGGUCCAGAGCGAGAUCGAGAGGAUCUUCGAGCUGGCCCGGACGCUGCAGCUGGUGGUACUGGACGCCGACACCAUCAACCACCCCUCCCAGCUGGGGAAGACCUCCCUGGCCCCCAUCCUCAUCUACGUCAAGAUCAACUCCGUUAAGGUCCUCACCAGGCUGAUAAAGUCCAGGGGGAAGUCCCAGGCAAAGCACCUCAACGUCCAAAUGGUCGCGUCCGACAAGCUAUCGCAGUGCACUCCUGAGAUGUUCGACAUCAUCCUGGACGAGAACCAGCUGGAGGACGCCUGCGAGCACAUGGCCGACUACCUGGAGGCCUACUGGAAGAGCACCCACCCCCCCAGCUCCAGCCCGCCCCAGGACCCCCCGCCCGAACCGGAGGAGGAGCCCCUGCCCAUCAGCCCCCCCCCUCCCGCCGCAGGCUUCCAGAGCGGAGGGAGCGAGCAGAGAGCAGACCGGGGAGGAGGAGGAGGAGGAGGAGGAGGAGGAGGAGGAGGAGGAGGAGUGGAAAGGAAGGCCUCAGAUCAUCAUCAUCAUCAUCAUCACCAGCAGCAGCGGCAGGAGAGCCAGGAGCAGGCCGACGGAGAGGAGGAAGAGGAGGAGGAGGAGGAGGAGGAGGAGCAGAAUGAGGAGGAGCGCCCCCUGAGGACAGACUCCUCCAGGAGGCCUCAGCACGUCCACCACCGCUCCUCCACCGGCCGCGCCGACCAGCCCCACCACCACCACCACCACCAUCACGGCAACAGCAGCCGGGCGCGCGGCCUCUCCCGCCAGGAGACGCUUGACUCAGAGACCCCCGAGAGCCGGGACUCCGCCCACACGGAGCCACGGGUGCAGCCCCACCCCCAGCCACACCCCCGACAGCCCCGCCAUCAGCAGGAACAGGAACAGGAGGAGGAGGAGGAGGAGGAGGAGGAAGAGGAGGAGGAGGAGGAGUGUGAGGACGGCGGUGGAGGUGGCGGACGGUACAGGGACCACCACCACCACCACCACCGCCGGGGGGGCGGGGUGGAGCGUGAGCAGGACCACAACGAGAGGAACAAGCAGCGCUCACACCCCCAGCCCCGUCCGCGGGACCCCCACCACCACCACUACUGUGAGGGGGGCGGGGCCUCCCGGAAGAGAGGCGAGGCAGGGGAUUGGUCUAGAGACCCUUACAUCCACCAGUGACCCAACCAACGACCACACACACACACACACACACACACACACACACACACACACACACACACACACACACACACACACACACACACACACACACACAGAAACGCACAAACACACACAAAGAUUCUACACACACAAACAACAGACACAACCCACAUAAACAUACAACACACACAACCUACAUAAACACAUACACACCUACAACUUAAACAACAUACAGAACCCCCAUGCACACACACAUACAACAUGGACAAUUACACACACGUGCAACAUACAGAAACGUACACACACAUUCAAAAUACACACACAUACAAAAACAUACAAGAUUAAGAUACACAAACAUACAUAUCCAUUCAACAUGCACAAACAUACACACAUGCAUCUAUAUAUAUAUAUAACAUUUUAAAACAUAAACAACAGUUAUAUACACACUCAGACAUAAAUACAAACAUAAAAACACAUGCACUUACAUAAACACACACGGAUUGAGUGUGACCGGGCGUCCAUUUUGUUUCCACUGUGCUGCUACUUCCUGUCUCCCCCCUGACCCCACCGAAUGCUUCCUUUGUAAAGACUGUUGCCAGGCAACGGGGAUAUUUUAUUCAAUAGACACAAUAUACUAAUAUAAAUGUGUGUAUCUAUGCAUAGACAUUGUGGUUUAUGUGUGGAUAUGCAUGGAUAUUUUGAAAUAUGCAUAUUUUAAACCUGUGUUUGAUAAAGCAUGAACAGAGCUGAACUUCUCCUGUGCUUUCUUGAUGUAAGGGUUUAGGCUUUAGGGUUGUCGGUCGGUUUCAGGGCUAAGGUUUGGUUGAAAGGUUUGGUUUCUGGUUUCAGGAUAGGGGUUUUAUAUUAGGGUUAGGUUCUAGGGUUUGGAUAUGGGGUUAGAGUUUCCUAUUAGGGUUAAGGCCCAGACACAUCAGGGUGGCCGUCUGACAAUGUCAGGCCAUCGGUGGGUGUCUGCGGCCGAUCCAGCAUGUUGAAUCAAGAGAUGGAGGCCGUCAGCCAGAGAUAUCCCUCGGAUUGGCUGUUCAGCUUUAGCGAAUCAAUGCAAGAGAGACGGAGGUGAGUAAAGCAGCAAACAAGGUCGUCAAGAGGGCACGCACAGAGAUUGUCUCAAUUUUCCCCUUUAUCUCAUCAGAUCAUUCAUUAUUUUCACAAAUUCUCGAUUAGAAGUAGCUGUACCAUGAAACCGUCUGAGGGAGAGUUCUGCUUUGUUCAAUGUGUCUAUAUCCACAGUCCUAGGUUGUCCCUUUUUGAAAGACAAUACAGACCACCGCAACCUGCUGGUAGGAAGAGAUAUUUCCUCUAACGCAGGCGCAGAAUGUUUGUUCUAGUUGGCCGACGGCGGUAGUCUUUGCGUGCAACUUUUUUGCAAAGACCCAGGCAACGUGUGGCAACAAAACAGACUGCCUUCGUCGCUGCUGCUUCUUUGACGUUCAGUGUGUCAGGGCUUUUAGUUUUUUUGGUUCUAGGGUAAGGUGGGUAAGGGUUCCCUAUCAGUGUUAGGGUUGAGGGUUCGGGUUUCCUAUUAGGGCUAAGGUUUUGUGUUGGUUUAAGGGUUUCUUUUUAUGGCUGGUUUUAGGGUUGGGCUUCCCCGAUUAUGGUAACGUUUAAGAUUCUGGUUUUUGGGGGUUGAUUUUAGGGUAAGGUGUUCCGUUUAGGAACAACUUACCAAGUAGUGUCAGGCUCAGGCUUGGAGUUUAGGUUUAGGUUUAACGAUUGGUAAAAUACCUUAUUCAGAAGCAUAUUCGAUUAGCUUCCUUUAAUUCGACUACUGAUGUGAGGACCAACCAGGUGAGUGGGUGUUGCUUUUCACAGAACAUUACAUUUCAAUUUCAUUGGUCUGGUCUGAUUCUUAUUUUCAGAUAUUUUAUGUUGUUUGUUGAUUAGGUAUCUUCAUCUCCACCUGAAGACAAACCAACUUCCAGCUCUGAACAAGAAGUAAUUCUUUGUAUUUUUCAAAUGGCUCCACUGGGGGUACAUCAAUACCCUUAAAUAAAGAAAACUAGAAAAAAUAUUUGUCUAACUCCAUUACCUCUACUUCAGUUUCUCCUUUUAUUUUCACCUUAGUUUUAGG